UGUACUUUCACAAGCAUGAUUCUUGCUCAGUGCCCGGUUUGCCAAGAGCUCUUCACUCCUAUGUCCGACUCUUCUAUGGCAGCCCUGCCAUGUGGACAUGUGUUUCACAAAAGAUGUGUCGAAACCUGGUUCAAAUCAUCUCUAACUUGUCCUCAGUGCAGAGUAAACAUAAAGAAGACUAACGUGAUUGAUCGACUGUUCUUUGAUGUUGUACCGUUUCCGUCGUUUGAUUCAUCGUUAAANGUUAAAUCAGUCUACCAUCUAUCGGGAUCCCUCCUCGGUAAUGUUGUAAACAGUGCCGUUUGUGCAUCUCAAUUUAUUUGCAACCUUAGUCCACUGAAAUUCUCCAUUUUCUGUUCGACUCCACUUUCAACCUUCCUGUCUUUCUUUCAUUCCAAAAGACAGCAACCAAAACCGGCACACGAAAAUGCAUGGUUAAUGGUUGUAAAAACUGAAACUGAAAACAACAGAAGAAAACCCCACAACACUCCGUUCUACAAAGGCAACCGAUUAGGCGCCAACUAA